UCUGCAAACAUAUCUGACGCGAAGAAGUAUCCGGUCUGUCUCAUGUGCCGUAUAUGAGGUUGGUGUGUUGUUGUAAACUAAAUGUGUGAGCCCACUCGGAAUUGCGCAGGGACCGUGUUGUGUCAAUCGUUUUACACCAAAGGAAGGAGGUGAGCAGGUGUGUAAGAUGGUGCAGCUGCACUUGAAGCGUGGGGAUGAAAGUCAGUUUCUGUUCAACACCACCGUGGAGACGCCUCUGGAGACGCUGAUCCAGCAAAUUACAGCCAUUUACAACGGCAGACUAAAAGUGGACAGAUUAUGUUCAGAGAUCCCAGAGCUUGCGGACCACGGCAUCACUCUCCCACCCAACAUGCAAGGGCUGACAGAGGAGCAGAUCGUGGAGCUGAACCUGAGGGAUGAAUGGGAAGAAAAGUGCACUCCCAGUGGAGGACCUGUACUUAGGAAGGAUGAGAUCGGGAGGAGGAACGGACAGGCUCCAAAUGAUAAGAUGAAAGAGGUGCUGAUGCGAACAGUGGAUGAGGCCAAAGCACUCAUCUCCAAAAAACAAGUUCAAGCAAAUGUUUGUGUCACUAUGGAGAUGGUAAAAGGAGCACUGGACCAGCUAAGGGGGGCGGUCAUGAUCGUGUACCCCAUGGGGCUGCCUCCUCAUGACCCCAUCAGGAUGGAGUUCGAGGACAAGGAAGACCUUUCGGGCACACAGGCGUCUCUGCAGGUGAUCACGGAGGAUGAAUGCCAGCUGUGGUGGGCUGCCAAAGAGAUGCAGAGGGGGAAGAAGCUGCAGGACUAUGUUGGCAAAAAUGAAAAGACGAAGCUUGUAGUCAAAAUCCAAAAGAAAGGACAGGGUGCGCCAGCUAGAGAGCCUGUGAUUACGGAUGAGCAGCAGAAGCAGAUGAUGUUGCAUUACCACAGACGACAGGAGGAGCUCAAGAAACUGGAGGAGGCAGAUGACGAUAGCUACUUGGACUCAGAGUGGUCGGACAGGCAGGCUCUCAAAAAACAGUUUCAAGGCCUCACCAAUAUCAAAUGGGGGCCGAGAUAAAGACGACUCAGGAUACCUGAUCUUUCUAACAGCUCUAGAUGGAGCUGCCACAGAUGCCUUAUUCUGGUGUUAUUUAAGGUCUUCCAGGUAAUAUUGUGCAUUCAGCUUCCCUGUGUCUUGGACUGCGCUGACAUUCGAAGAAGACGUCUGGACACAUAUGAGCCGAUGUUGUGAUCAACCUGAUUUAUUUGAAACAUUACUGUGAUCCCUGUGUUCCCUUACAAAUGUACAGCUCCACAUUUUUAUCGAAGCUCUGGAAGCUGUUUACUGUGUAUAUAAAAAAAAAAUUAAAAAAUAAAACAAUG